AUGCUCGUGUACGAAGACACGACAGCCACACCGGCAUCAGAGGUAGCCGACGAGCCACAAGGACCCCUCAUCGAGUGGCCCUCCGACUCUGACGAACCCACGACUACACCAGGACCGCCAGAGGACGGCAUCGGGGCACUCUCGAUCACCGAGCUCUCUGACCCACUCGGCACCCCGACAGAAGACGGCGAUGCUGAUACCAUCCCUGUGGUGACGGAACCAGACGACGAGGCCACCGACCUGCGACCGCCUGGCAUUCCAGAGCGGGAGAGACGCCCGUACCAAUCUACGCCGCGCUCGGCCCCGGACGAUCUACGGCCAGACGCCACCGCAUCUCCCCACGGGUCCCUGCGCCCAGGAGACGCCCCAGGGAACCUCCCCCAGAAGACUCGCCGACCACCCAGGUACCUGGAUGACUACAUACGGGAGAAGGCGCCACAUGCCCCCACCAACAUCCCACCACCCGGACAUCCGACGUGGGACCAUCCAGGUCCAGAGUGCAGGCCCUACCAGCUGCCGGACCACCCCGGACAUUCGACGCGUGACGACCCAGGUCCAGAGCACAGGCCCUACCAGCUGCCGGACCACUGCGACCAACCGACACCCGGCUGUUCGAUGUGGGACAACCUGGGCCCAGUACGCAGGACCUACCAGCUGCGGCCACCGCGAGCACCACCUGGAUGGAGCUGCUGCUGA